UUGACAAAAGUUAUGGUUAUGAACUUCUUAUGUAAUUAUAAAUACAUCAUUUCAUACUCAACUAAUGUACUUCAAACAAAAUCUUCAAAGACGAGAAAUCCUUUUUUAAUAAAAGCAAAUUGAAAAUGGGUUCUUUUAAAUUGUUGGUUGCAUUCACUCUCGUUGUUAUGAUGACCAUUUCCUAUGACCUCUUCUCUGGAAUAGGAAUAAGUGCGAGAACUGUGCCUCCAACAUGCUAUGAAAGUUGUAACGCGACAUUUCAAAAUCCAGAAUGUAACAAAAUGUGUGUAGGAUUGGCUUAUAAAGAUGGUAGCUGCAUUUAUCCUCCUCCUGAGGUUGAUGGUCUUCCUCCUAAACGACCUUACUUUCCUCGUUGUUGUUGUAAUCCUAUAAUUCUUUCUCCUCCUUCUCCUUGAUUAAGUACCUAUAAUAUAAAUAAAUAGAUAAUCUUCUUUUCAAUAGGAAAUCUUAUGUUCUAAUUGGAAAAUAUAUAAAACUAAAUAUCUAUGAACAAAUCUGAA